AUGGCUUCUCUAGAGCAUAAAAUAAACAUGAAGUACGAUCAUGAAAAAGAUUUUACCCCAAACCCUCCUGUUGCGUCAGGAUUACGACAAGAGCUCUAUUACGAGAAGAGAAUGUCACCUAUAGGGGCAAGAAUGCGCCGCGUGUUGUUAACAGCUGUCACAAAAGAAAAGGACCUAUUAAUGUGGAUUCAGUCUAAACGCCAUCCUUGGCUAGAUUUGUACUUUGUCUACUCCUCAAAUCUAGGAGCACACACUUUCUUUCUGGUGUGUCUGCCGCUUCUGUUUUGGUUUGGUUAUGCGCAAUUGGGUCGAGGCCUUACCACGAUGUUGGCAGCUGGAGUUUUCUUUUCGGGAUUCGUAAAGGACGUUCUUUGUCUCCCCCGCCCACCGUCUCCUCCAAUUCGCCGAUUGACAAUGUCGAAUUCACAUCAGUUUGAAUAUGGCUUUCCGUCCACGCAUUCUGUAAAUGCGGUAUCGGUCACUGUUUAUUUCCUUGCCUUUAUACUACCCCUUGCUGACAUGGAAUACGAAACAAAAAUACUCUGGGUUGCUGCAUUGUCGAUUUACUGCCUUAGCGUGGUUAUCGGAAGGGUCUAUUGCGGGAUGCAUAGUUUCACUGGUAGGUUCAUUGGUAAAAGAAAAUGGGGAAAGACGGAGGAAUGGAAAGAGAGCGCUGGCUGUAAUAUGCGGGAUAUCAUCGGUGGUGUUGCUAUGGGAGUGACAUUGUCGUGGAUCCAGUGGGUUUGGCAGCAAGAUCUCGAUGACUUUGUCUUGGAUGGUAGCUGGAUGGCUCCAAUGAUUACGAGUUCAGUUAUUUUAUUUCUAAUUUACAUAUUUCCUGAACCAAUCGACAACUGCCCGUGCUUUGACGACGCAUUUGCCUUUGCUGGUGUUAUGAUGGGUUUGACAUCUGGUAGCUGGCGAUUUGCUAGAUCGAAGUUUAGCCAUAUCGGGUAUGGUAGAGGAAAUGUUCCAUAUGAGUAUGAGAUCGUUGGACCGGUUGUCACGAUUAUCAGAGUUUUAAUUGGCAUUGGGAUAUUAUUUCUAUGGAGAUAUGUAAUGAAGAAGUUGUGUCAUAUUAUAUUACCACCUUUAUAUCGCGCUCUAAAUCUCCCAUGUUGUAAGAACAGUCUUCCAGCAAGGUAA